ACCAACAGGCCCGCCCCGCCCUCCGUGACGUCAUUUCCGGCGUUUGGGCGGGGCCCAGGCAGGGCGCGCUGCCCGGAGCUCCCUGGGUUGCGGUGCCGGCCACGUCCCCGCGCCGGGCCUCAGGCUCCUUCCUACUGUCCGAGGGCCACCAGGCCGCCGCGGGCCUGCUGCGCCCGGGUAAGGGCUCGCACUGCCGUCCGGAGAGCUGUUGUCAGGGCUCCCUGACCGGUUUGGGACUGAGAGACAGAGAUGGGGGGGCAGGAGGAGGGUUGGAUGGGGGCACGAGGGGCAGUGGGAGAGUGAGUGGAGCUGAGGCAGGAGGAACCGGACAGGAGGAGCGGCGGAUGGGGCACGCACAGAGUGCAAGACGCUGAGCAGUGCAGAUGCGUCUGUUACUAGAGUGGAGAGUCUACCUUCGUCUCACAUGUGCCACAAAGGAUGGCAUGGCCCGGGAGUGCCCCACCACGUGGCUUUCACCCCCUGCAAAGCCAGACUUUACCCAGCGACGCAGUGCCAAGCCCACAGCUCUCCAAGGAGGAAGAUGGCCCAGGCUGGGAGCAUGCCCUUAGCAGCGGCCUCUGAUCCCUUGGCCAAGCAGGAGGGAACCAUUAGCAGCCUGAGGAGCUGGCUGGCUGGGAGCCUCGGGGACCGCCCAGCCUUGCUCCCAGCCCAUCUGCAAGAUGUGGACAGUUCUUGUGCUCAUUUGGAUUUUCUCCUUGUCCUUAUCUGAAAGCCAUGUGGCAUCCAACGAUCCACGCAACUUUGUCCCUAACAAAAUGUGGAAGGGAUUAGUCAAGAGGAAUGCAUCUGUGGAAACAGUUGAUAAUAAAGCAUCUGAGGAUGUAACCAUGGCAGCAGCUUCUCCUGUCACAUUGACCAAAGGGACUUCGGCAGCCCACCUCAACUCUACGGAACUCACAACAGAGGACACAAGCAGGACAGAUGUGAGUGAACCAGCAAAUUCAGGAGGUGCAGCUGAUGGUGUGACCUCCAUUGCUCCCACGACUGCAGCCUCCAGUACGACUGCAGCCUCCAGUACGACUGCAGCCUCCGUUACGACUGCAGCCUCCGUUACGACUGCAGCCUCCGUUACGACUGCGGCCUCCAGUACGACUGCGGCCUCCAGUAUGAUUGCGGCCUCCAGUAUGAUUGUGGCCUCCAGUAUGAUUGUGGCCUCCAUUAUGACUGCGGCCUCCAGUACGACUGCGGCCUCCGUUACGACUGCAGCCUCUGUUACGACUGUGGCCUCCAGUACGACUGCGGCCUCCAGCACUCCCACGACACUCGCACCCCCUGCGCCCACAUCCACUUCUGCAGGGCGGAGCCCAUCCACUGCCGCCACUGGGCAUCCAUCUCUCAGCACAGCCCUCGCACAAGUGCCAAAGAGCAGCACGUUGCCAAGAACAGCAACCCUGGCCACGUUGGCCACACGUGCUCAGACUGUAGCGACCACAGCAAACACAAGCAGCCCCAUGAGCACUCGUCCAAGUCCUUCCAAGCACAUGCCCAGUGACACCGCGGCAAGCCCUGCACCCCCUACGCAUCCCCAAGCACAAGGUCCCAUUAGCCAGGUGUCAGUGAACCAGCCUGUGGUUAACACAACAAAUAAAUCCACACCCACGCCCUCAAACACAACCCCACAGCCCGCCCCCAUCCCCACAGUGGUGACCACCACGAAGGCACAAGCCAGGGAGCCAACUGCCAGCCCAAUGCCAGUGCCUCACACCAGCCCAAUCCCUGAGAUGGAGGCCAUGUCCCCCACGACACAGCCAAGUCCCACGCCAUAUACCCAGAGGGCCGCUGGGCCAGGCACACCCCAGGCACCAGAGCAGGUAGAGACUGAAGCCAUACCAGGUACUGAUUCCACUGGGCCAACACCCAGGAGCUCAGGGGGCACUAAGAUGCCAGCCACGGACUCGUGCCAGCCCAGCACCCAAGGCCAGUACAUGGUGGUCACCACCGAGCCCCUCACCCGGGCCGUGGUGGACAAAACUCUUCUCCUGGUGGUGCUGUUACUCGGGGUGACCCUUUUCAUCACAGUCUUGGUUUUGUUUGCCCUGCAGGCCUACGAGAGCUACAAGAAGAAGGACUACACGCAGGUGGACUACUUAAUCAACGGGAUGUAUGCCGACUCGGAAAUGUGAGGGGGGCGGGGGCCUGGCGAGGUCUGGCCCCUUCCUUGUCCUUUCCUUUUGCCUUUGAGACCAAACCAAGUGCUUCCAAAUUCUUUUGGUGCAAUUUAGGAGAUAUGCCAGAUGCUUAAACACAUUUAAUUGCUGUCAGAUUAAUUCCAUGAUUACUAAAGAGUUGCUGCUUUUUUCAUAUUUAUUUUUGUAAAUGAUCCUGUUCCCAGGAGCAGCUGGGGGUUCCACCUUAGGGUGGGGCAGGCAGGGCCCCGUCCCCCCAGGUGUCGGAGCCUGACCUGAAUUAAAAUACUGACUGCUCGCCA